UGAGGUAGCUAGCUAAUCAUGACACGCACCUCUUUUCGCUACUUAGCCAAGUAGCUAGCUACAGAUUUAACGUCGCGAGUGCCAUGUUUGAGUCAUAUAGUCAGCUAGCUAGCAAUUUCGAUAUUUGUUCGUUUUCGUUUAAAUCCUUAUAGUUAAGGAAUCAGAUAUCUUGGGAGUUAGCUGGCUCGUUUUGCUUAAGCCAUGGAUCAGUACAGCAUUCUUGGUAGAAUUGGCGAAGGAGCUCAUGGAAUUGUCUUUAAGGCUAAACACAUCGAGACCGGAGAGACGGUGGCUUUAAAGAAAGUGGCCCUUCGAAAACUAGAAGAUGGAAUUCCUAACCAAGCUCUGAGAGAAAUUAAAGCACUUCAGGAAAUUGAAGACAACCAGUAUGUGGUAAAGUUGAAGGAUGUAUUUCCUCAUGGCACAGGCUUUGUGCUUGUCUUUGAAUAUAUGCUAUCAGAUCUAUCAGAAGUCAUUCGAAACUCUCAGAGGCCCCUGACUGAAUCUCAGGUAAAAGGAUACAUGAUGAUGUUGCUCAAAGGGGUGGCAUUCUGUCACGAAAACUCUAUCAUGCACAGAGAUCUGAAGCCUGCGAACCUUCUGAUCAGCUCGACAGGUCAUUUGAAAAUCGCUGACUUUGGUCUAGCCAGGCUUUUUUCCAAUAAUGGAGAGAAGCUGUACAGCCACCAAGUGGCCACCAGAUGGUACAGAGCUCCAGAGCUUCUUUAUGGUGCUCGGAAAUAUGAUGAAGGAGUAGACCUCUGGGCAGUGGGCUGUAUUUUUGGGGAGCUGCUGAAUAACUCGCCUCUGUUCCCUGGAGAGAAUGACAUUGAGCAGCUGUGCUGUGUUCUACGCGUCCUGGGAACUCCUAACCUUGAAGUUUGGCCUGAAAUCGCAGAGUUGCCAGAUUACAAUAAGAUCACUUUUAAAGAGAACCCACCAAUUCCCCUGGAAGAGAUUGUGCCUGAUACAUCCCCUCAGGCUGUUGAUCUGCUGAAGAAAUUUCUUGUGUAUCCCUCCAAGCAGAGGGUCAGUGCCAUACAGGCUUUACUCCAUCCAUACUUCUUCACAGACCCUCUCCCUGCCCAUCACUCUGAGCUUCCCAUCCCACAGCGUGGGGGGAAACACUCGCGCCAACGACUGCAACCCCCCUAUGAAUUCUCAGUGGAUCGACCUUUGCAUGAGAGCCUGGUGGAUCCCAGCCUCAUUCAAGUGCAUGCAUGGGGGUGCUCAUGAGGCUGCUUGGUUCUGGUUAACUACACUUCUUUGUGCUCCACAGACAAAUGAUUCAUAGAACCAAUUUAUAAUAAUUUUACAAAGAUGACUUUAAAUUAUUCUGCUUUUUGCUCUAAAAAUAUUUAUGAUGCUAGCCACAGUUGAGAGAUACCUGUAUUAUUGGUAUUCAUGGUACUUUUUUUACUAGCUAAUACUCAAAACUUUGAGUGUCAGAUGUUAAAUUAAUGCAGUCUGACAUGAUUUUUAAAAAAAUUGGUUUAAUUAUUUUUAAACUUAGAAAAUUUGAAUUUGAGAAUCACAUGUAUGGUAUGAUUUCUAACCGGACAGAAGCUGAAUCUGUGUGAAAACCAUUGCUCUCAUUUAUUAGGUCAACAUUUGAAUAGAUUGAGGGAUUUCAGAACUGCUGAUUUAAAUGGGUAUAAACUAUGAGGCCCUGUCUUUUUACUGGAAAUAUUUUUGUUUUGUUUUCUGCUUAGGACCCACAUGAAACUGUCACAGAUCAAUGUUUUGUAUAACCGUUUUAGUGUUUGUACCCAACUCUCAAGCAUUGGCUCUGAGUAUGUGUUAGCGAAUGUCAAAUGUGGUUGUGCAUUAACAUUUAGCGAUUUGACAAAAGCUAAACUCCCCUUUAAAGAUGAAGUAAUUGCCCUCUUGUAUUGAAAUGAUGACCCUUUGAGUUAUUCAUAAAAACUUCCAACUACCGGGAAGCUACCAGCCCCAUGCUGUAUGUUUAGAAUAAAACCUCGAAUCAUUCUGUAAGAUUUUUCUGUGAAAUGCACUGUGAUUAGUUAUUUAAAUUAGAUUUACAUUCACCUGCACUAAUUUCCUAGCACAAGGAUUAUUAUAACAUGUUAGUGUGACACUUUAACUACUCUUACCAAUGAAUCUAAUCUUAAUGCUGUGAGAAUAUUGAGAUACAGUGUGUUAGUAUAGAAAUAAAAUCUAUUCCACUCUGAAAUGUGCCUUCUUAAAAUGUCAGGCAUGUCAUUACCAAUGGUAAUGUUAAAAUACAUGUGCAAGACUUCACUUUAAGUCCAGCAAGGACCACAAAGUCGUUUUGACCCACAUUUGGAGCCCCUCUUAAAUUAAGGCUAGCAGGCUGUGGCUUCAUCUCCUGAAGAGCUCACUGUUGUCUCUUUACUCAUCAGCAGGACAGGGGGAAAAUCUUGUCUUCUGAAUAUUACAUUCUUAAAAAGCCUUGGAGGAAAUGGCCCGUGAUAUCUGGACAUAUGCAAAAUGGACAAUUUUGAUUGCUCCAGUUACUAUGAAUAGGGUUGAAAUAAUGAUAAUAAUCUGUUUGGUUUUUUUUUUUUUUAUUGUAGUUUUAUCAUGAUUUUAUAAAGUCCAUGCAUAUUUUGGUUUUGUUGGAGAUAUAUGUAGUAAUUCUUGUAAUGUAAGCCUCACCAAUUAAUUUUUUGUAGUAAUUGUA